UUCAGAUUCAGAUCAAAAAAUUUUAAUAUUUAAUAUGGAGCAACAAUUUGUCAACACUGAAGAUGACCAAUGUAUAGACAUUAAGGAAUUUCUGUGGACAAACAGCUCGGAUUUAACUUCACUUCCAAUAGUAAUGGGAUUUUUUGCCUUUCUUUACUCAGCUAUAGUGCUAACAUCUCUACUAGGCAACCUUCUCGUUAUUCUAAGCGUCUGCCAAUACAGAUCACUACAAUCUGUUCGAAAUUUGUUCAUCGUGUCCUUAUCUGUCUCUGAUAUUGUUAUUUCAGUUGUUUCGGGAACCAUAACGCCAAUUGUUGCUUUUACAAAAAUUUGGCCUUUCGGACAGUUACUAUGCAAAUGGGUUCCUGUAAUUCAAGGUGUUUCAUUGUGCUUCUCAACUUUAACACUCACCUCAAUUUCCGUCGAUCGUUUUCUCCUAAUAGUAACGCCAUUAAAGCCUUCAAUUCAAAAAUGUUGUGCAUGCCGAAUUGUAGCCUUAAACUGUGCAAUUGCAUUAGCAAUUUCUAUACCUAUUCUAUUUAAUCAAACGAUGGUUGAUUGGCCUCCGUUUUGUGGACAGUUUUGCACUGAAGAUUGGAGCAACAGCAGCAUUCAACGGAGUUUAUAUGGAACAUUUGUAUUAUUCACCCAAUUUGUCUUUCCAUUUUUGAUUAUUACAAGCUGUUAUGUAAUGAUUUCUAUCAAAAUAAAUUCUGGAAUGCGUACUAAACGUUGUUCAUCUACGGAAAUUGCAAAAUUCAGUGAUUAUUGUAGCAGUAAUGCUCGAUGCGACAAAUUUUUGAGUAGUUCGUUUGGUACUGAUGAAGGAAAUUCACUUUAUUUAAAUGAACAAAAAUUACAAAAUGGAAUGUUAAUGGCUGGGGAUGGAGCCAUGAAGGUGGCAAUGGAUCAACGAAAAAUGGUUUUGAGUCGAAGAAUUCGAACCAACCGGAUGUUAAUUGUAUGGAAUCCGAUCCUUUAUGCUUUGUUGAAUGAACAAUUUAGACUUGCCUUUUCUGAAAUUUUUAAACAAAUCAGUAAUAUUUUGGGAAUUAAAAAAGAAAGAAAAAUGCUUCACAUGCAAGGACAAUUAAAAAGAAUAAAAGUAAGAUCAGAUGUUCAGCGUGGAUCAGAAGCCAUUUAAUUGAUACAACGUGCACUUAUUAAUGUGUAGUAGUGUAAGCCAGUGUCAGUCUAGGUGGAAUACUAGUCCAGUUAGUCCCUGGUCCUCUUCUUCUGUUCCAGCCCGUUCCUCUUCGUCUACAUUGUACUUUCUCCUUGGGUAACCCUUAUUCUUGUACUCGUCGACUUAUGUAGACAUCGGGAAACCUUUGGAGAUUACCGGUUAAUGCUAU